GGCGGACUACAAUGACCAUCAUGCAACACUGGACACGCCCUCGUCUUGUGCGGUUGCGUCACAGUGAACUGUAGCUAACAAGUGUCCGCGCGCUAACUGGCGCUAACGUUACUUUUUUUUAAAAUAUAUAUAAAUUCAGUACCACUGUACCGCACAGCUUUAUCUUUAUUUAUUCACAUGGCCAACAGAAACAGUCUGGCAUUGUUGUGCAGAAAUUACCACCAAGGUGCAUUAAAACGCGAUAAGCUAGCAGUUGGCUACCGGAUGUUGUUUCCAUGGUGAUGUCGCUUUACGGUCAGUCGCUAGCUGUUAUAUCAAGAGAGCGGUUGUUUUGUACAGCCUCUCUGGGAGUUGAGAAUAUUUAAAUCGAUGGCUAUGUCGGGUAAGUGACGAAGGAUGUCGGCGGGGUCUCAGCACUCCGAGCCCCAGAGGCUGGUGCUUUCCAGCAGUAAUGGCGCUCGUGGUUUACACGUUGAAUCCUCGCGACCGAAGCACAGACAACGCACACAAGCAGCAGGAGCAACAGAGACUGAUGACACCUCUCUUCGACUGAGAUUCAACAGUUUGUCCAUGGAUGAACUCAGUGAGGAGCUUGACAGGCGAACCACAGAAACGCAAAGACUUCAAGAAGAAGUGGAAAAUGCAACCAAAGUUGCCUUGGAGAGGUUUGGCUGCACAUACGGUAUCAACAGCUCACCUGGACUGAGCUUUUUCAAGCACAGGUUUAACAUACAUGUGCAGGGGAGAAACAGGGGAGAGGUCCAGAUAAACAAAAGCCCAGCCUAUGUAACUGAUGAUCCACCUGGGGAUUUCACCAUCCUUCCAACCCACUAUCAGGCAGCGAUUCAGUCUGCGGACUGUGAUCUGGAUAUUUUAAACCAGGAGGUGGCUCAAAGGCAAAUCGGCUCCCCUGGAAAGGAUGUGUUGGAAAAUGCAAAAGAUGACUGUUUUCAACAGCUGCCUGAAUUGCAACGAAACCAGAUGCAGACACAUGAUCAAACAGAACAAGAGACAUUCAGCUUUGACAAAGCCAUCGUGAACCUGCAGACUAAGCUGCAUGAAGUCCAGAUGGAGAAAGAUGUCUUGUCGGAACUCAGAUUGACAGAGUCAAGGAAACACGUUGAUCAGAUGGAAAAGAUGCUACGCAUGUUGGAAGAGCUCCAGAACAUCAAAAGGGCGGCGGACCAAAAGCUGCAUGAGACGGAGGAUGAGGCGUCGGCACUUAACAGGAAAGUAGAGACUUUGGAACAGAUUAUGAAGGAGACGUACUCUUCACUGUUAUCCCACGAGAAACAGCGUGGUAACAGCACCAUCACCAGUCCUAAUAUCAUCACUUGUUCAAGACCUCCAUCCCCAGCUGCUAAGUUAACUGAGGAUCAUAACAAUGAGACAGACAAGCUACAGGAGAGACUCGUUGUGUCAGUAGAUCUUCUGGCGAGUGAAGGAUGCAGUGGAGUAAAUAAUGAAAGAACCGAAGAACUGAUUGCAAGUCUUUGCCAGGAGAUGGCACUGUUGACCGACAAACUGAGUUCAUCAAAACACAACAGCGUCAGCUUGAGUGACAAUUUGGAGCUCCUAAAGAAGCUCACAGGGAGACAGACAUCAUUGCACCAGUGUCAGAUUGGUGAACUUGAGUCAACCCUUACCAGCCAUAAAGACAAGGUAUGUUGUCUGGAGCGGCAGCUCCUUCAUGUUCGGUCUCAGCUCGCGGAUGCUCAAAGAGAGAGAGAGCAAUCUUUGCAACAGACAGCAGAGCUUCAGUCCCAGCUCGGCCAACUUAAGAGGUGCAGUGAGCAGCAGCAGUGUGAGCUCCAGGUGGAAGUAAAGGCCCUGGGAGGAUGGCUGGAGGAGGCCCGGGAGCAGCUUCACAGAGUUGGAAAGGAGAAAAACUGCUUACAGGCCCUGCUGGAUCGGAGGACCCAGGAGGGGAGGACAGCCCAGGAACUCCUGCGGGAGAAAGAUGAGGAGCUCCGGCUCAGGCAGCAAGAGGGCCAGCAGCAUCUUUCUCAGUGCCAGACCCUGCAAGUAGAAGGAGAAACACUGAGGCUGAAGCUGGAGGACCGAGAGAAGCUGGUAGAUAUUCUGCGGUUGCAGAUGGAGAGCAGCGUCCAGAUGUCAGCGCAGCACAGCUGCACCAUCGACAGCCUUCACCAGGAGAACAGCCUCCUCCGUAACCAGCUAAACCAGCACAAGCUGGAGAUUCAGCAUCUCAGGGCGGAGUUAGAACGGCACAAGUCAGACCUGUCCACUGCCGCGCACGAGAGGCGGCAGCUCCUGGCGUCUGUGGCCGAACAAAGUCGACGUGUUCAGGAGGAAUCUCUGGAGAAAAAACGGCUCAGCACCCAGCUGGAGUUCCAGCGCAUGCAGAUACUCACCCUCACCAAGGAGCAUGAGGAGCAGCAGCGGCUCCGCAGCUGUAAGAAUGAUGAGCAUGAGGGUGUGGUGCUGAGGCUUCGGAGUCAGCUAAGGGACACCCGUGACGAGCUGGACCAGGUCAGGGGCACGCUGAGGACACUGGAAGGAGCAGAUGGACACGGCCUCCAAGUAGCCAUGGACAUGCAGAAGGAGAUCACUUCCAGAAGAGAGCAGGUUGACUCUCUGCAGGGCAGAAUCCAACAUCUAGAGGAGACUGUGGAGAAGCUUUACCAGGAAAAGCGCCACCAGAGCCUGGAGAGCCAGCGUCAGCUCCAUGAUCUCACCUUUGUGAAGGAAGAGAAGAAACAACUUGCCACUGAGCUGGGGGCUCUUCGAUCCAAAGACCAACAAUUAAGGGACCGGAUCGAGGACCUGGAGGCAAUCCUUCACAAGAUGUCAGCGAGCUUUGCAGACUGUCAAGAUUUCAUCCAGCUGCAGGAGCAGGACUUUUAUCGUCUGAAACUCCAACAUGCCCUCGACCUGAAGGACUUCCAAGGUCAAAAUCUGCACACAGCUCUGAAUGUACCUCCACCAGACCUGGAUUCCCCGAAUCCAUCAGCACUCCGAGCCCCACCUUCGGCCCAGCACGCCGCCAACACUCAGAUCAAGGCGAGCCCCGCCCGGGAACUCCGGUCUCUCGUGAAAGAGCUGCGAGGAGUGAUUUCAGAGAACCACAGACCACACACCUAUAACAGCCCCGCUGACAGCAGCUUCCACAGGAGGAGGUCUGCACCAGAGAGAGUGCACAGGACCACAUGCAGCAGUGACAAGACUGAAGAAGUAAAAGCUGCCUCCAAGUUAAGAAGAAGAACCUGUCACAGUGAGCCACAUUUCCUCACAAAAGCUGAGCUGAAUGGGAAGAAGAUGAUCAACAAGGACUCCAGUGAAAAGGUAAUGGCUCGUCCAGGCCGCGGCGUAUGGAGUCCAGCGACUGCAGUGAGGUGCACGUCUACCCUCCAGCUCCUCUCACUGGGCCGCAGGUCGCCUGUCCACUCCCUCCUGACCUCUGACCCAAACAGCUGACACUGACACGACAACCACAGACCUGAGGCCGGCUCCUCGUCUCAGUAGAAAUCUCGUGUUUUUUGGAAAGGGUCACCAGAUGAAGUUGGAUGUGAAAUGAAGGUUUUUAUUUUUAAAAAUAAAAUAUUUUAAUUAUAAUUCAUAAUGUAUUGUUUUAAUAAAGUAUUUGAUAAAACAAUAAAUGUUUGAUUAAUUUA